CCUGGGAGAAGCGUCCGUGGGAGACGCCCACCCACCUACCCACCCACACGUCCCGCCGGCCGCGACCGCCCCGGAAACGCCGCCCGGAAGCCGGGCGCGGCGCCGCCGGCCCCGAGUCCGCGGCCCGGGCCCCCCGGCGCGUGACGUCAUCAGCGCGCGCCGCCCGCCCCGCCGCCUGCCUCCACUUCGCGGGAGAAGUUGUUGGCGCCAAUGGAUGCCGGGCUCCGGUAACGGCUUCCCCUCGCCGGCCGCUCCGCCCGCCCGGCGCCCGGGCCCCGCGGGCUGCGAUGGAUAUUCGGAAAUUCUUUGGGGUUAUACCAAGUGGAAAGAAGCUUGUGAGUGAAGCAGUGAAGAAGAAUGAGAAAACAAAGGGUACGGAAGAUACCCCGAAAGCCAAGAGAGGCAAAAAGGAAGGCAAGGUAAAUGCUUGUAAAGAAGAUGAUGCUAAGCAGAAGCAGCCAAAUAAGAAAAAGAGGAUCAUCUACGAUUCAGAUUCAGAUUCAGAGGAGACAGUGCAGGGUAAAAAUGCCAAAAAGCAAGCAGAAAAGUUGCCAUUGUCUACUAAGCCUGGUAAAAUUCUCCGGCGGGAUCCUGUUACAUACAUUUCAGAAACAGAUGAAGAAGAUGACUUUAUAUGUAAGAAAGCAGCCUCGAAAGCAAAGGAGAACGGAGGAUCUGUGGUUAGUUAUCUUGGAGUAGCCAAUAUGAAAAAGGGUGAAGAAAACACUAAGAUCAAGAAUAAACCUUUGUCACCAAUAAAACUUACCCCCACGUCAGUGCUGGACUAUUUUGGAACUGGAAGUAUUCAGCGAUCAGACAAGAAGAUGGUGGCAAGCAAAAGAAAAGAGCCUUCACACAGUGUGGACGAUGCCAGGCUCAGCGACGAGGCUCUCGCCGAGCAGCUCCAGCUGGAGGAGGAUGCAGAGCUGGAGCGGCAGCUGCACGAGGAUGAAGAGUUUGCCCGGACUUUAGCCAUGUUGGACGAAGAGCCCAAGAACAGGAAGGCUCGAAAGGACCCAGAAGAGAGAGAGACAUUAUUAUCUUUCCAAGCCAAUUUAAGUAAAGCAGAAAAACAUAAAUAUCCUCACAAAGUAAAAGCAGAAAAAUUUUCAGAUGAAAUGUUCUAUAGUCCUGAGAAACAAAUUAAAUGUGAAAGUCCAAAAAAACCUCAACAACAUUCCAAGUCAUUAGCUCACAAAAUAGGAGAGCCAUCUUCUCCAAAUAUCAGUUCCAAGUUGACCCUUUUGAAAAAAAAAGAAGAGCAUGUUUAUAAAGGAACAGCACCUUUGGCCUCAAAAAGAAAAGAAAAUGCUAAUGAAUUGGAAGGAGAGACAAAAACUCCUAAGAAAACCAAAGUUUCUCCAGCUAAAAAAGAGUCUGUAAGUCCUGAGGAUUCUGAGAAGAGACGCACCAAUUAUCAGGCUUACCGGAGCUACUUGAAUCGAGAGGGCCCCAAAGCUCUUGGAUCCAAGGAAAUUCCAACGGGAGCUGAGAAUUGCUUGGAAGGGCUCACGUUUGUGAUCACCGGCGUGCUGGAGUCCAUCGAGCGGGACGAGGCUAAGUCUCUGAUUGAGCGGUACGGCGGCAAGGUGACAGGCAACGUCAGCAAGAAAACCAGCUACCUGGUCAUGGGCCGUGACAGUGGCCAGUCCAAGAGCGACAAGGCAGCGGCCUUGGGGACCAAAAUUAUUGAUGAGGAUGGCCUACUGAAUCUGAUUCGAACCAUGCCAGGCAAGAAGUCCAAGUACGAAAUAGCAGUUGAAGCUGAGAUGAAGAAAGAAAAGUCUAAAUUGGAGCGGACACCCCAGAAAAGCAGCCCAGGAAAAAGGAAAAUGAGCCUGACCCCUAAGAAGGAGUCGGAAUCUAAAAGGACCAGACUGACUCCCCGAAAGGGCGGCUCCCUCACGCCAAAGAGACAGGCCCCGAGCCCGUCCCAGCGGGGCCCGCAGGGCACGGAGCCACUGGCCGAGGAGCUGCGGGGCGGCCGCAGGCCGGGGCGCGAGGCUGAGGGCAGCGGCGAGACCGGGGCGGAGUCUCUGCUCUGGGUGGAUAAGUACAAGCCGACCUCCCUCCGGACCGUCAUCGGACAGCAGGGCGAGCAGAGCUGCGCCAACAAGCUCCUGCGCUGGCUGCAGGGCUGGCACCGGGCGCCCUCGGAGGAGAAGAAACACGCGACGAAGUUUGGCAAAUUUGCCGGCAAAGACGACGGCUCCAGCUUUAAGGCUGCAUUGCUCUCGGGCCCUCCGGGUGUCGGCAAAACCACCACAGCCACUCUGGUUUGUCAGGAAUUGGGAUAUAGCUACGUGGAACUGAAUGCAAGUGACACUCGGAGUAGGAGCAGUUUGAAGGAGAUUGUGGCCGAGUCACUGAAUAACACCAGCAUCAAAGGCUUUUAUUCAAGUGGCGGUUCUCCUGGGAGCCUAAAACACGCACUCAUCAUGGACGAAGUGGACGGCAUGGCGGGGAACGAGGACAGGGGCGGAAUCCAGGAAUUAAUUGGCCUGAUAAAACACACAAAAAUUCCCAUUAUUUGUAUGUGCAAUGAUAGAAAUCAUCCCAAGAUUCGCUCUUUGGUUCAUUAUUGUUUUGAUCUUCGUUUUCAAAGACCUCGGGUUGAACAGAUUAAGGGCGCUAUGCUGUCUAUUGCAUUUAAAGAAGGGUUAAAGAUUCCUCCUCCAGCUAUGAAUGAAAUAAUUUUAGGGGCCAAUCAAGAUAUCAGACAGGUUUUACACAAUCUGAGUAUGUGGUGUGCAGAAACUAAGGCACUAACCUAUGACCAGGCCAAGGCUGACUCUCACAGAGCCAAAAAGGACAUCAAACUGGGCCCGUUUGAUGUUGCUCGGAAGGUGUUUGCAGCCGGCGAGGAGACAGCUCACAUGUCGUUGGUAGACAAGUCGGAUCUCUUCUUCCACGAUUACUCCAUAGCACCCCUGUUUGUGCAGGAGAACUACGUCCAUGUGAAGCCCGUUGCUGCGGGGGGCGACAUGAAGAAGCACUUGAUGCUACUGAGCAGGGCUGCUGACAGCAUCUGUGACGGGGACCUCGUGGACCGUCAGAUCCGGAGCAUGCAGAACUGGAACCUCCUGCCCACACAGGCCAUUUACGCCAGUGUUCUUCCUGGAGAGCUCAUGAGGGGCUUCAUGACUCAGUUUCCCACCUUCCCCAGCUGGCUGGGCAAGCACUCGUCCACGGGCAGGCACGACCGCAUUGUUCAGGACCUGGCUUUGCACAUGAGCCUCAGAACUUACUCCAGCAAGAGGACCGUGAAUCUGGACUAUCUGUCCCACAUACGGGAUGCGCUUGUGCAGCCCUUGAUUUCACAAGGGGUUGAAGGAGCCCAGGAUGUCGUCACUCUCAUGGACACGUAUCAUCUGAUGAAGGAGGACUUUGAGAAUAUAAUGGAAUUGAGCAGCUGGGGAGGCAAACCCAGCCCAUUCUCCAGGCUGGACCCCAAGGUGAAAGCGGCCUUCACUAGGGCGUACAACAGAGAAGCGCACCUCACCCCGUACUCGCUGCAGGCCCUGAAGCCCCACCGGCACAGCAGCGUGGGGCUGGCGCAGGACUCAGAGUACAGCGAGGAGCUGAAUGACGAGGACUCUCUGGCCGACGACAAGGACCCCAACGCCGUGGAGAGUGACGCCAUGAUCAAGAAAAAGACAAAAGCUCCAAAGCCUUCAAAAUCAGAAAAAGAUAAAGAGCCCAGAAAAGGAAAAGGAAAAAGUUCCAAGAAAUGAACCUGCUUUCACUGCUGUCAGCCACUUCACCCUCGUCCCCAUUGGCCCGUCACUGGUCUGGAGAGUGCUGUGUCUGCGCAUGAUGGGGCCACCUGGUGGCAUCAGCGGUGGCUUCGGCACUGCUGGAAGGACGGCACCAGCAGGCCCAGGCUCACUCUCCCAGGCCGAGAGAACUGCAGGCCUGCCCAGCGUGGGCCUGUUUCCAGAUCUGUAGAACCACCACUCGGAGCCACGUGGUAGUUCCGU